UUUUAAAAUGUCGGCGGUCAUAUCUCCACGACGAAGUAUUUUUGUGAUUUUAGUGGUUUUGUGUGGUUUGGAAUGUUGUUCUGGACAAGGAGCUGGGUCGGGAACUGUGCUGAGUAUUCUACAACAAAAUAAUGGACUUGGAAAGUUUGCGUCUCUGAUAGCCCGAGCGGACCUUACGUACCUGUACAAUUCCAAUGGCCAGUUCACCGUGUUUGCCCCGAACAACACCGCAUUUGAGAGCAUAUCGUACGAUGAACGAAGUGAAAUCGACAGCUGGCCUGACAGGUCACCACAACUUCAAAACUUCGUCAAGUUUCACACGUUGAUAAACAACAGGCUGACCACAGGAGAUAUGCAGGACAAUCAGGCGUACCAGAGUAUGGCGUCCAAUGGGGAAAGAAUCUUCAUCAACCGUCGCCAGCGGACCAGCUCAUUCGCGAGUUCGUAUUUUGGCCCCACUGUGUACUUCGUAAAUGGAGCAGAAAUCUCCAAUGACCAGAAGGACCUGAUCGCUACCAAUGGUGUGGUCCAAGGGCUUUCACGCUUCAUCGGCAUCUCUAGUAUAAAGAUGGCAUAUGGCUACAUAUCAGAUCCUGAUGAUCCGAAAGUGCAAACAAGCAUGUUUUACAAUCUAAUCUCGCAAUAUCUACAGGACGGUUACUACAGCACACUGGCUGAGCUCUCUAACCGCGACGAAAUGGUCACACUUUUUGUACCUAGCAAUGAAGCCAUGGCCAAAAUACCAUCAUCCAAACUUAGUUAUCUCCAGCAGAACCCUCGGAUAUUAAACAAUGUCCUUAAGGCUCAUAUCAUCCCGGAACAAGUGUUGUAUACGCAGUAUGUCAAUCAUAACGAGGGAUUCAGCGGCCGGCUCGGUCGAUUGAUAAGAUUCCGAAGACCUUAUGGGGACCAAGUGUACGUAAACAGUGAAGGAGUUGAUGCGUCCAUUGUGCAAGGAAACGUUACGGUAUACAACGGUGUCAUCCAUGUCGUCGACCACCUCCUCGGUUAUGUAUAUAACUCUGUUCGUGGAAUCAUCACUCGGGAGUCACCCGACUUUAACCAGUACCUUAACAAGGCCCAGCCGGAUACCAGUAACGCCCUUGUACAGGCUUCUGGAGUCAACGUGUUUGUCCCCAUUGACAAUGCCUUCAUCAAAAUACAGGGGGUACCAGGGGUCAACCUGGUCUCAGACCUUUCUCAGGUGGACAAGAUGAUUCGCCUCCACAUCCUUAAAUCGUACCAAUAUAUUGAGAUCUCCGCUAUCGUUGGAGGUUACGAGAGCCGACAGUACCGACAGACAAUGUACGAUGGCUGGAAUGUCACUGUGUACAACGAUAGGAACGAGGGCUGGGUCCAAGGAGGAUUUGUUAAAGCACGUGUUGUUCGCCCCGAUUUGAAAGCGAUCAACGGGAGAGUCCACCUUAUUGACGCCAUCUUGGGUAUUCCUUAUUUGGACUUACCCAUGUUAAUAUGCGAUGAUCUUUGGCUGCUGAGAACAUACGAUUACAUCCGGUCUGUAGGAAUGAAGAAUUACUUGACAGAUGAUCGCUUCACCGCAAAACGUUGCAACUUUGAGCUAUACGGCUACCCUCCUGGUUACGAUUACGCUAGCAACUCCUACGACAACAGUAACAACAAUUACAACACCAGUAACCAGGUGUCCCAGUAUGACAUGGGGAUGUGCUCUGGGUGUACGUUUACUUUCUUCGUGCCUAAUUCCACAGCAAUAGACUACUUCCAGAAGACAAGUAUUGGAAUGAAGAUUAUGAACGACACACAUCGACUUCAAUAUCUAUUCAAGAGACUGUUGUUUGAAGGACGACAAAUCUCCUUGCAGAACUUAUCCAACACAAACCAUAUCUUUACAGCUAAGACGGGCGAGUCUAUUCGUAUACUUAAGUCUAUGGACAGAGAUGUUAAGAUCCAGUUCAGUGGGGUAACAGCCAACGUCAUCAGCAUGGAUAUCGGCGCCACAAAUGGUCUCAUACACAUCAUUGAUCGUCUGUUGUACGUCCAGGAAGACUUGACUCGCGACGUUUCACGGGGCGCUGAUGUCACAAUGCCUCCACUGACAGGGACCAUCACACAGCCUCCACUGACAGGGACCAUUACACAGCCUCCACUGACAGGGACCAUCACACAGGAUCCACUGACAGGUACCAUCACACAGCCUCCACUGACAGGGACCAUCACACAGGAUCCACUGACAGGUACCAUCACACAGCCUCCACUGACAGGGACCAUUACACAGCCUCCACUGACAGGGACCAUCCCACAGCCUCCACUGACAGGUACCAUCACACAGCCUCCACUGACAGGGACCAUUACACAGCCUCCACUGACAGGGACCAUCACACAGCCUCCACUGACAGGUACCAUUACACAGCCUCCACUGACAGGGACCAUCCCACAGCCCCCACUGACAGGGACCAACACACAGCCUCAAUACAGCCUCCUCGUCAUCGUAACCAUGGCUAUUGGAAGUAUAUUCGUCAUCAAUCACAGGAUAUUCUAACACUUAAUAUUAUUUUUGUUUAAUUUUAAGUCAUAAAUCAGUA